AUGGACGGGGGAAGAUGGGUGUUCACGUUCAUUCCCACGGCAGUGGAGCUCCUACUGGUGUGUGCCCUGCGCUCUCUCCUCUCCACUCACCAAUCCUUACAACCCUCUUCCUUUGCUUUCCUGUCCCCCACUCCCGUCCCCUACCCCCCAGUGUUCACGUUCAUCCCAACGGCAGUGGAGCUGCUGCUGGUGUGCGCGCUACUGGCGAACCACAUAUCGCUGUCCUUUGCGGGCGUGGUGCUGCUAACCUUUGUCGUCUACGUCGCAUGGACCGUCGCCCUCACCAAGGCCUCCGUCUCCAUCCGCAAAGAGGUGAAUCGGCUGGACGGUCUGGCGACAGGCAAGGUGGUUGAUGUGCUGCUAAACCACGAGACCGUUGUGCAGUUCAACAACCAGCGCCUGGAUCUGAUGCACUAUGACUCACUGCUGCGGGACUACCAGAGGGAAUCCGUGAACCUGGAGAAGGUAUCAGCGGCGCUGAACGGGGGCCAGACGACCAUAAUCUCCAUCGGGCUGGCGGCAGUCAUGGCAAUGGCGGGGCUGCGCGUGGCCGUGGGCCGCAUGACAGUCGGUGACCUAGUGCUCGUCAAUGGGCUUAUUCUGCAGCUCUCCCUGCCACUGCAGUUUCUGGGGUUCCUGUACCGUGACCUGCGCCAGUCUCUUGUCGACAUGGAGGCCAUGUUCCACAUGCUCAGUCUGGAGUCGGAUUUGAAGGACGGGCACUUGGAGCUGGCGCCAAGGGCGGAGGGCGUGGCAGUGGACGUCAACAACAUCUCCUUCAGCUACAUGAACGGCCGCCAGGUGCUGAAGGGGGUGUCGUUCUCCAUAGCGCCGGGCGAGAGCGUGGCGAUCGUGGGCCCAUCAGGGUCAGGAAAAUCGACCAUAGUGAAGCUGCUGCUGCGCCUGUACGACCCCUCUGAGGGCUCCAUCUCCUUUGAUGGCACCGAUGCCCGCGAGCUCAAGCAGGAGUCGUUACGGCAGGCAGUGGCGGUGGUGCCACAGGACACAGUGCUGUUCAACGACAGCAUCCGUUACAACAUUGCGUAUGGCCGCCCCUCUGCCUCUGUUGCUGAGGUCGACCGCGCUGCUGGCCAGGCGAAACUCCUAGAUGCCAUUCGGCGCAUGCCAGACGGGUUUGACACCGUGGUGGGGGAGCGCGGGCUGAAGCUGAGCGGAGGGGAGAAGCAGCGAGUGGCCAUCGCACGUGCCUUCCUCAAGAACCCGCGCCUGCUGGUCUGUGACGAGGCCACCAGUGCUCUGGAUUCUGCGACAGAAGCGAACAUUCUGAGGUCGCUGCAGCAGCUGGCAGCCGGCAGGAGUUGUCUGUUUGUGGCGCACAGGCUGAGCACCAUCAAGCAUUGCGAUAAGAUUCUGGUGAUGGAAGCAGGGAGGGUGGUGGAGCAGGGCACGCACGAGCAGUUGCUAGCUGCAGGUGGCAAGUAUGCUGCUAUCGUUAUGGUUGCUGCAAAGUUUCUGGGAUCUGCGUACUUCAACAAUGCGUGUUUUGCCACUGUUGGAGGAAUUGGAACAAAUGAAAUCAACAAACUUGAGCUGGACUUCUUGUUUCGAAUUAAUUUCACGCUCAACGUGACGGCUGAGGAAUUCAACAAGUACAAGAUGCACAUUGAAGACGAGCUUGACGUUUCCACUUCCUUCAGUCAAGAUCACUUCAUCCGUGGAUCCACAAAGCUUAUGAAACAAGCAGAACAAACGAGCGACAGCAGUCUUUGUUCCAGCCGGUCUCGAGCCAAGAUGUCCAAGCGAUCUGAGUCCAAGACCAUCAUGCCUGACACGUAUCUCUAUGCAGUAUGA